GUGUUAUCGUUCCUCGCAUAGUCUGUGCGUAUUACAUCACAAUUUAGCAUUAUAACAUCAUUAAAUAGUAUUGUAUCAUAGCAUUUGCGGCGCCCUUAUCGAGAUUAUUUAUAUCACAAUAUUAUAAUGAAUGACCGCGUUAUAGUGAUACAAUAGAUAAAAGCAUUAUCAUCUUUAUUCUGAUAAAUUGCCAAUACAUAAAUACAUCUGUCGCGAAUUUAUGUUUGUGGAGUCAGUAUUGGUCAAUACGGUUGUAAGAAUAUUAACUAAAGAAGACUUAUAACAGAUUAUCCGCAAGAUGUCGCUGAAACGAGUUCUUAUUGUGAACAAGUCGUUCCCGCUCGCUGGAUUGGAGUUAUUGAAAAACAAGGUUGAAGCAGUAGUACUUCCGCACUUGGACUACGAACCAGAGAGUUUGCCGACUAUUAAGAAGAAUCUCAAAGGAAUUGAUGGUUUAAUAUGGAACACCAAGCACAAACUCACUGGAGAGCUACUGGAUUUGGCAGGUCCUCAACUGAAAUCAGUUACGACAAUGGCAUCGGGCAUCGAUCACAUAGAUGUACCAGAGCUGAAGAAGCGCGGUAUACCUCUGGGGAAUACUCCUCAAGUCCUGGAUGAUGCAGUGGCAGACAUCACUGUGGGUCUCCUGAUAGCUGCUGCAAGAAGGUUUAAAGAAGGAGUCCAGGAAUUGGAGGCAGGUGAAUGGAAGUACGGCGUCCAAUGGAUGGUAGGACAAGACAUCGCGGGCAGCACUGUUGGCAUCGUUGGCUUCGGCGGGAUCGGGCAGGCUGUGCUCCGAAGAUUGAGGGGAUUCGAUGUUGCUCGGUUCAUUUAUAGCGGACGAACGGAUAAACCUCAGGCUAAAACCCUAGGAGCAGAGAGAGUGCCAGUAGAACAACUGCUUAAAGAAAGUGACUACGUGAUCCUCGCGUGCCCUUUGAGCAAGGAGACCAAACACAUGAUCAAUGCAGACUCCUUGAAGACUAUGAAGAAAACUGCUGUGGUCGUCAAUAUUGGAAGGGGAGAGCUAAUAGAUCAAGAAGCCCUCUACACUGCGCUCAAAGAGAAGCAGAUCUUCGCAGCUGGACUGGACGUGGUGACUCCAGAGCCCAUAGGGAAAGACCACCCACUCGUGUCUCUUCCUAACUGCUAUAUAAUACCUCACAUGGGUAGCGCAACGGUUGAGACCAGAAACAAGAUGGCGUCCAUAUCGGCGAAGAACGUUCUGUUGGGCUUAGAAGGCAAGCCGAUGCUGUUCCCUUGUUGAAAAUAAACAAUUUUAUACAUAUAGAUAGAUAGAUCGACAACUACUCAACAAUAGCUAGAUUUGUAUAAAAUAUUAUAACAUUGCAUUUACAUUUUUGUAUAUUUUAAAUAAAUUAUACAUUUAUACACACAAA